AUGUACGAAGCUGAGUACCUGCAGCAGAAGGCGAAAAUAAACUAUCCAUCAAUAUUCGAGAUGAAUAUGAACCUGGUUGUGGCACGCAAAGGAUCGAAUGACCAAGUACUAAGGAGGCAGACGUGGGCCUUGCUACUCGCUAAGAAUAUCUGUAUCACCCCAGUUGGUAUCCAGCUGCAGUGGGGGAAACCUAUCCAAUACCUCAUGCUGGCGUUGGGAGGGGCAUCGGGGUCUUGGGAAGCCAUUCAAGACCGCAUCGACGUGAUGGCUGCGAGUAAGAAGGCUUCUCGCAGAUAG